ACUGUUCUCAUUGUGCUGGCUGACGAUAGCGUUGAGGACUCAAAGGUCCGCAUCAACAAGGGUGAGCAGAGAAACCCGGCAUCAUGCAUCUUUCCGCAGCUGAUCAGUGAGUGGCUCUAAGAUCAGAUCCGCUGACACUAAUUGUUCUUUAUCAUUCUUCGACAUGCCGCAGUUGUCCGCAACAACCUUCGCGUCCGUCUCGGAGAUGUUGUCUCACUUCACACCUGCACCGACAUUAAGUACGGCAAGCGCAUCCACGUCCUGCCCAUCGACGACACCGUUGAGGGUGUCACUGGAAAUCUAUUCGAAGUCUACCUGAAGCCAUACUUCUUGGAGGCCUACAGACCUGUUCGCAAAGGAGAUUUAUUCCUCGUUCGUGGUGGUAUGAGGGCUGUUGAAUUCAAGGUCGUUGAGACUGAUCCCGCCGACUAUUGUAUUGUCGCUCAAGAUACCGUCAUCCACUGCGAGGGCGAGCCUAUCAAGCGCGAGGAUGAAGAGUCCAAUCUUGCCGACGUCGGAUAUGAUGACAUUGGAGGAUGCCGCAAACAGAUGGCCCAGAUCCGUGAGUUGGUCGAACUUCCCUUGCGCCAUCCUCAGCUCUUCAAAUCGAUCGGUAUCAAGCCUCCCCGUGGAAUUCUGAUGUUCGGACCCCCUGGAACAGGAAAGACCUUAAUGGCUCGUGCGGUCGCCAACGAGACGGGAGCCUUUUUCUUCUUGAUCAACGGACCUGAGAUUAUGUCCAAGAUGGCUGGAGAGAGUGAGAGCAACCUGCGCAAGGCAUUCGAGGAGGCCGAGAAAAACAGUCCCGCCAUUAUCUUCAUCGACGAAAUUGAUUCGAUUGCCCCCAAGCGUGAAAAGACCAACGGAGAGGUCGAAAGGCGUGUCGUCUCGCAGCUGUUGACGCUCAUGGACGGAUUGAAGGCUCGCUCGAACGUUGUUGUCAUGGCUGCUACCAACCGCCCCAACUCGAUCGAUCCUGCCCUCCGCCGCUUCGGGCGCUUUGAUCGCGAGGUCGAUAUUGGUAUCCCAGACCCUACCGGCCGUCUCGAGAUUCUUCGCAUCCAUACCAAGAAUAUGAAGCUGGAUGACGAUGUCGAUUUGGAGCAGAUCGCCUCUGAGACCCACGGAUACGUCGGAUCGGAUGUCGCUAGUUUGUGCUCUGAGGCCGCCAUGCAGCAGAUUCGUGAAAAGAUGGACCUCUUUGACCUCGACGACGAGACCAUCGAUGCUGAGGUUCUGGAUUCACUGGCUGUUACCAUGGAAAACUUCCGUUAUGCUUUGGGCGUCUCGAACCCAUCGGCCCUUCGCGAGACUGUGGUCGAGGUUCCCACGACGACAUGGAACGAUGUCGGUGGUCUGGAAAAGGUCAAGCAGGAACUUCAGGAGACUGUUCAGUACCCCGUCGAGCAUCCCGAAAAGUUCCUGAAGUUCGGCAUGUCGCCUUCCCGUGGAGUUCUCUUCUAUGGACCCCCUGGAUGCGGUAAGACUCUUUUGGCCAAGGCCAUUGCUAACGAGUGCCAGGCCAACUUUAUCUCGAUCAAGGGACCUGAGCUUUUGACUAUGUGGUUUGGAGAGUCCGAGGCCAAUGUCCGCGACGUGUUCGACAAGGCUCGUGCCGCCGCACCCUGCGUGAUGUUCUUUGACGAAUUGGAUUCAAUUGCCAAGGCCCGUGGUAAUAGCGGCGGCGAUGCUGGCGGUGCCGGUGAUCGUGUCCUCAACCAGAUCCUUACUGAGAUGGACGGAAUGAACGCCAAGAAGAACGUCUUUGUCAUUGGUGCCACCAACAGACCCGACCAGAUCGACGGUGCCCUGCUGCGUCCUGGCCGUUUGGACCAGUUGAUUUACAUUCCCCUUCCAGAUGAGGCGUCGCGUCUCUCUGUGUUGAAGUCUACGCUUCGCAAAUCCCCUGUCUCGGCCGAUAUUGAUCUUAGCUUCAUUGCCAAGUCGACCCAUGGAUUCUCUGGAGCAGAUUUGACGGAGAUUUGCCAACGUGCCUGCAAGCUUGCUAUCCGCGAAAACAUUGAGGCCGAUAUCCGCAGGGAGCGUGAGCGCAAAGAACGCGGCGAGGAGGAGGCAAUGGAUGAGGAUGAAGAGGAUGCAGUUCCCGAGCUCACGGUUGCUCAUUUCGAAGAGGCCAUGAAGUUUGCGCGUCGUUCUGUCCAGGACAGUGAUAUCCGUCGUUAUGAGAUGUUUGCGCAGAACUUGCAGAACUCGCGCGGAUUCAACACGUUCAAGUUCCCUGAGGGCGGAGUCGGUGGCUCGGUGGCGCCAGCCCAGGCCGAGACAAACGCAGCGUUCGGGCAGGAUAGCACCGCUGACGACGACCUCUACUCGUAAACACCAAUGUUUUUCUUCAUCAAGGCCGACACCCUUUUUUUGUAUAGUACAGCACGAUUGAAUAUUGAAUAUGGGUACUUCCCCUUAACUGAUGCAGCUAAAGUGACUGCCCGAAAAUAAAAAAGAAAAAAAAUUGUAAACACGCC